UCAAUGAGAGCUCUUAUCCAAAAAAGAAGGGAUAAUAGAUAAAAUUAAAUUAAAUUAAAAAAUCUCUGGGCCAAGUUCCCGACAGCCAGAAAUGGGGUAGAGUUAUGAUUAUUUAUCUAUUUAAAUAUUCAACAUUUGAGGAGAGUAAGAGUUAAAUUAUCGAAAAUAAC